AUGUCUGCCCUUUUACGACCCGUUUUUCGUGUAGUAUCUCGACGUUUUGCAAGUACUGUUGGUUCGAAUCCACAAGGAACUCAAGAUGAUCCAUCAUUGACAGCAAAUUUUGUGCCGGAUUUUAGUUUUCCUCAAGGUAUUCAAGGUGAUCCAUCAAAAAACAAAUCAAAUGAUGCUAUUUGUAAUCUCUGGUUACAAAAAUGUAAACUGUAUGGCUUGGAUAACUGUGAAGAACGUUUACAAAAAUUAUUAGAUGUAGAUGCAAUUCCAAAAAAAUAA